GGCGCGAGCCGUCCUCACCCGCGCCGCGGCAGGAGGAGAAGAUCGUCUUCGUCGUCGUCGUCGUCGUGGUGGUGGGAACCGUUCCCCGAGUUCCUGGGAUGCCGGGUCCAGCUUUAAGCAGACGAUUAACUCUCCUCCUUCCACAUCCCUUUGAGGACUGGACUUGGCACAUGCUCCACUCUAAUACAUAGUCACUAUGAAAGGCUUAUAUGUCCAGCGAGCUUCUUCAGAAGAUGAAGUGAAAUUUGUGUAUCAAGAACGGAAAAAUAUUCCUGUGGCAAGUGACAAUUAUGUGACACUUCAAGUUAAAGCCUGUGCUCUAAGCUGGAUAAAUGCAGAGCUUUUGUCAGAAAUAAAUCCGGAGGAGGAUUUUUUCCCUGUGGGGAGAGAAAUUGCAGGAAUAGUUUUGGAAGUUGGAAAUAAAGUAUCCUUCUUUCAACCAAAUGAUGAAGUGGUUGGAAUUUUACCGAUGGAUUCUGAAGAAUCUGGCCUUUGUGAAGUGAUCAGAGUUCACGAGCAUUACUUGGUUCAUAAGCCAGAAAAAGUCACUUGGGUCGAAGCAGCGGGAACGAUCCGUGAUGGAGUUCGUGCCUAUACAGCUCUGCAUUAUCUUUCUCAUAUUUCUCCUGGAAAAUCAGUGCUGAUAAUGGACGGAGCCAGUUCGCUUGGUAUAAUAGCUAUUCAGUUAGCACACCAUAGAGGAGCUAAAGUUAUUUCUACAGCAUACAGUCCAGAAGACAAAGAGUACCUUGAAAAGCUGAGGCCAACUGUUGGUGUGAAACAGCCUUUGGUAGCUCGAGUGAUAGAUGUGUCUAACGGGAAGGUUGCCGUUGCUGAAAGCUGUUUGGAAGAGACGGGCGGCCUGGGAGUCGAUAUCGUUCUAGAUGCUGGCGUGAGACUGUAUAGUAAAGAAGAUGAGUCACCUUCAAAGUUACAACUACUUCCACACAAGCAUGAUAUCAUCCUGCUUUUGAGUGUCGGUGGGCACUGGAUCACCUCAGAAAAAAACCUUCAGUUGGACCCUCCAGACAGCAACUGCCUGUUCCUCAAGGGAGCCUCCAUCUCUUUCCUCAAUGACGAAGUGUGGAACUUGUCAAAUGUGCAGCAGGGCAAGUAUCUUUGUAUCUUAAAAGAUGUAAUGGAAAACUUAUCAAAUGGCAUCUUCAGCUUUAACCAGAUAGAUCUUGAAUUUCAGAUAGACCGUCGGAUGCUUCCAAAUGGGAAACAGCGUCAUAUAGCACAGAGCCCCCUCUCGCCUGAAAUAAUUUUGCUGAAUGAUUUUUCAAAAAUAAAAGAGAUAAUACUAUGAGUUAAAUGUCAUCACACUUUUUUUUUCUGUAAACUCUGGAGUCUCUCUUUAGAAUUUCAAGUAGAAACGUCUUUAAAUGCUGCAUGGUGAGUGUUCCCUUGAUGCCCAGGGGCUGUGAGCCACAACUGCCUCUUCGAACUGUUCUAAACCCGACAGUAACUGAGCACCUUCUGAGCACAGUGGAUGGUGCGUAGUUCUUAGGAAGUACAAUAAAUGCCCAAUCCAUGCCCUCAAAAAGAGCUUACACUUUAAAUCUGGUUUUCGUUGCCUGCCCAGCUUCAGAACAGCACUACCAGAACUCUGUCUUAACACGAGGGUCAAAGAGAGUCGGUGGCAUCUCUGCUGGAGGAGAGGGAUGGUGAAGAUACUCCAGCCGCCUCCGUCUCCUCUGCCAGUGCUAGACCCAGGGCAUUCGCCUCGCUUGCUCUCUCCCUUCCCCUACCUCCAGACUUACAGCCGUGGGGAUUACAAAGGAGAAAUUAACCUCAAAGAAUUUACCGUAGGAUGGGGACCACCACUUUCUAAAAUACAUGCCAUCAUUAGUUGCUCAGCAGUUACCUUUUUGGACGGGUCGGGUGUGCUAUCAGUCGUGAACCGGAACGAUGCUGCUUUCCAGGCUUGUGAAGCUUAGAGGAUAGGAAAAAGUGGCCAACAUUCCUAAAGAGAAUACUGCCUUCUUUCCCUCAACAUUUUAGAUGGUAAGAGACUAGGAAAAGGGCACCAUCUCUUUUCCCUUUUGUCUCACGGCAUUGUUUCUAGUAAUUCAAAAAGAUCUUUAGAAUUUUCUUUUUGUCUGGGAAUUACUUUGCAUUUGCUCUGGUAGACUAAGCUCCUUGAGGGCAGGGAUUGUCCCUUCUGUCUUGCACUUAAUACAGUGUCUGCGCACAGUAGGUGCUCAGUAAAUACUACUGACUGAUUUCUGUUCAGAAAAGUCAACAGCUUGACUAAUGUGAAUAUUUUUCUGUUGUCCUUGGUCUACAGACUAGAUUAUUUUCAUUAAUCUUUUUUCU